UUACGGUCCGUCAGUCGUGGACCCGAAAUGAAAUUUAAAAAAUUAUGUAGAAGGCCUCUAGUAGUAAUGGAACCCCCCCAGUCGGCAACAAACGCCCAAGUCGGCAACAUAAUGCCAAAACCCCAGACUCAAACUUCCCCUUUUCUUUCACCUUUAAACCCUACACUUCCAUCUCUUUUUAUUGAUUGUGUUUGCACUAUUUUGUGUGUCUUCUUCAUUUGUAAAAGUGUAGAAGACACACAACUUUUAUUGAUUAAAAGGUGUGGUUGCAUCCGAAAGGAUGCAACCACACCUUUUGUUGCAUCCGAAAGGAUGCAACCACACCUUUUAAUUCAAACUAACUGUUACUUUAAAAAAGGGCAUUUAAUUUUGGAUUUUUAA